ACCUCAGACCCUCCCGUCCGAGGUCACAUGCUGCGCUCGGCUCUGAAGGACGAGCUGAGGAUGAUCCAAGAGAAGAUGGAGGUCAAGAGAAUCGCUCGCAUCGCUCUGGCUGAGAUCAGGGCGCUCCUCGCCAAAGAGGAGGAGGAGAAGGAGGCGAGCUGGGCGCUGAAGAUGAAGACUCUGGAAGCUGCUCAGGAACAACUGAGAGAGGAGAGGAGGAGAGAGGCAGAGAGAGUAGAGAAAGACGAGAAGGAGAGAAUAGAGAAGGCAGAGAAGGAAAGGAUGGAAAAUGAGAAGGUGGAGAAGGAAAGGAUAGAAAACGAGAAGGCAGAGAAGGAAAGGAUUGAAAAGGAGAAGGUGGAGGAGGAAAAGAUGGAAAGGGAGAAGGAAAGGAUGGAAAAGGAGAAGGCAGAGAAGGAAAGGAUGGAAAGGGAGAAGGCAGAGAAGGAAAAGAUAGAAAAGGAGAAGGUGGAGAAGGAAAGGAUGGAAAAGGAGAAGGUGGAGAAGGAAAGGAUGGAAAAGGAGAAGGCAGAGAAGGAAAGGAUGGAAAAGGAGAAGGUGGAGAAGGAAAGGAUGGAAAAGGAGAAGGCAGAGAAGGAAAGGAUGGAAAAGGAGAAGGAAAGGAUGGAAAAGGAGAAGGCAGAGAAGGAAAGGAUAGGAAAGGAGAAGGAAAGGAUGGAAAAGGAGAAGGCAGAGAAGGAAAGGAUGGAAAAGGAGAAGGUGGAGAAGGAAAGGAUGGAAAAGGAGAAGGCAGAGAAGGAAAGGAUGGAAAAGGAGAAGGAAAGGAUGGAAAAGGAGAAGGCAGAGAAGGAAAGGAUGGAAAAGGAGAAGGAAAGGAUGGAAAAGGAGAAGGCAGAGAAGGAAAGGAUAGGAAAGGAGAAGGAAAGGAUGGAAAAGGAGAAGGCAGAGAAGGAAAGGAUAGGAAAGGAAAGGGAAAAGAUGGAGAAAGUGAAAGCAGAGAAGCAGAGGAUGGAAAGAGAAGCCAAAGAAAAGGCUGAAAGGGAGAGGCUGGCCCAUGAAAGGGCAGAAAAAGAGAGACAAGAGAUGGAGAAAAGAGAAAAGGCAGCUAGAGAAGAGAAAGAACGACUGGAGCGACAGAAGAUUGAGAGGGAAAGGAUUGAGAGAGAGCGACUGGUCAGGGAACGAGAGAGGGAAGCCAAGGAGAGGGAACGACUGGAAAGAGAAAGAUUGUUAAGGGAGAGGGCUGAAAAGGAGAGGAUAGAGAGGGAACGCAUUGCCAAAGAAAGAGAGAAAAUAGCCAAGGAGAAGGAGAGGAUGGAGAAAGAGCGAUAUGAGAGGGAACGCAUCGCUACGGAAAGAGAGAGGAUAGCAAAGGAGAGGAUGGAGAGAGAGAAGGCAGAUAAGGAGAGGCAGGAGAAAGAACAAAUUGCUAAAGAGAAAAUGGAAAAAGAGAGACUGGAACGAGAACGCAUCGCUAAGGAAAGAGAGAGAAUCGCCAAGGAGCGAGAAAGGGCAGAAAAGGAAAGACUAGCCAGAGAGAAGGAAAGGAUGGAGAGAGCGGCGAGAGAGAAGGAAGAGAGGGAACAGAUGGAGGGAGAGCGCAUUGCCAGGGAAAGAGCAAGAAUUGCUCAGGAGAAGGAGAGAUCAGAGAGAGAAAGAUUAGAGAAGGUAAGAGCUCAGAAAGAGAGGGCAGCUCUGGAAGAGAGGGAGAGAGCGGAGAAAGAGCGACUGGAGAAGGAAAGGAUCGAACGAGAAAGACUCAAGAAGGAAAGACUGGAGAAAGAGAAGUCUGCGAGGGAACAGUGGGAGCGACAGAAGAAUGAAAAGGAGAGAGAGGUUCGAGAGAAGGAACUGAUGGAGAGGCAGAAGCUCGCCAGAGAACGAGCUCUGCGGGAGAAGAUGGAGGUGGAGAAGGUGAACAAGGCCAAUGGGAGGAAACCGAACACUUCACCUCCCAGAGCUCCUCCAGCCGAGGAGAAACCAGCGCUCCGCCCAGAGGAGCAGACGAGCAGGAGGGGGAGGUGAAGGCCUGCGAUUGGCUGGAGGCUGCGUCACAGUGGAAGCUAUUAAUAGUUAUUUAUUUCUAAUUAAAGAGGAUUUUUAAAGUCGUUAACUGUUUUGUUUAUUCUCUAUUUUACAUUAUUGUCGCCAGUGUCACUGCUGGGCGUGGCUUAUCUGAAAUGUGCUUUAACUCCUCCCAUCUGUGAGGUCACAGCUACCAACUCAUCGUGAGUGAAGUGAGGUUUAAACCCCCGGAGAGUUUCCACCUGUUGUUACUCAACGAGUGUAACACAACACCGUAACAUGCACACAACACCGUAACAUGUACACAACACCAUAACAUGCACACAACACUGUAACAUGCACACAACACUGUAACAUGCACACAACACC